UUUUGUUGCUUCCACUAGGAAGUGUAUCUUGUCCAAUGAGGAUGGGACUUUUUCCGGUGUCGGUGGUGUGCUUGAUAGUUUGCAAUGGUAUCCAAGCUUCUCCCAUACAACAAAAUGUACAUCCUGCUGUGGAUGAUGCCAACGCAGGGGGCAACGUUGCGGUGGCUAACCUACUGAAAACGUUUGAGAGCAUUCCUCUCCUGAAGAGCAUGAUUGAGAAAUCUGGCCUCGACUUUACAGAGCUUCAGCUCUUACUGGGAGAGAAGAACCUCAUCGGCCAGCUCAUUCAGAAUGUCUUCAAACUCAGCCCCAUCUCUGGACAAAUCAUUGACGAAGCUGCCAAGACAAACGUUGAGCUCCGGAUAGUUCUUGCUCUUGCAAGAGGACAAACACCAAAUCUCUUCGACCUUUUUAAACUAGCCACCGCGAAGCCCGAGAACAUGUUCCUGGCUGUCGACAAGGCUGCUUCCAAUAACAAACAGGCCCAGUUCAUCAAGGAGAAGAUGAAGGAGCCUCAUCCAAACAUGACCUUCAUUUGGGACAUGAUCACUGGGAAGAAGCUUGAGAUGGUAUCAUGGACAAUGAUAAAUAUGCCGUAGCUGGAAGUUCAAAAAGGAAGAACAGGCAUUUGCUUGAAUUGUUUGAAUUCGCCGUGGCGAACUGGCGACCACUGGAGAAAGCCCUGCGGACAAUGUCCAACGUGCCGAUCAACUUCGUGAAGGUCAUGCAGUACAUCCUAGGUCUUGACUUCUCAGCUUUUCGGUUUGCGAUGGACAAUGCACCGAAGCUGAACAAUAAGAAGUACAUGAUAACAGACAACAAGGCCAAGUACACCGUUGUGAACCAAUCCACUUUCAAAUUUGAUCCUGACGAUGAUGCGGAUAUCAUUCACCUCCUGCAAGAAGUCCGUGUUAAAUACCCAGGAAUGCAUGAUACUUUUGCCGGCCCGGGUAGGUUGAAGCUCGAGAUGCCGUUCUACAUCUGAUUACAGAAACUAUAGAAAUGAUGAACCGAUUGCUUGGAUAAGACGAACAUUCGGCUAACUAAUGUACCCGCUGAUGAAGGAAGCGAGAAUGAUAUGUGUGAAAAUGUGAAACCAUAAA